AUGGAUGCUCCCGAACCCGAAUCGACGCCCUUUGCGGCCGUUACCGUCCACACCACCAAGCUUCAGAGACAAUACCAAGCUCUUCUGGACCAGUCCACGCCCUACGUGCUGAACCGCUGGAUCGCCACCGGCGUCACCCUCAUCUUCUUCUUUAUCCGCAUCUUUGUCGCGCAAGGAUGGUACAUCGGUACGCGCGCCACUGUUGGAAGACUCCCGCGAGAUGCAGCUAACCAUGACUCGUCUAUAGUUGCCUACGCGCUCGGCAUCUACCUGCUCAACCUCUUCCUCGCCUUCCUCCAGCCCAAGUUCGACCCCUCCAACGAUGACCUCGAAACGGACAUGGAGGACGGCGUGGGCACCCUCCCUACCAAGAGCGACGAGGAGUUCAGACCCUUUAUCCGUCGACUGCCCGAGUUCAAGUUCUGGUACUGGGCCACUCGCGCCGUCACCAUAUCCUUUUUCUGCACAUGGUUCGAGAUCUUCAACAUCCCUGUCUUUUGGCCCAUCCUCGUCAUGUACUGGAUGAUCCUCUUCGUCCUGACCAUGCGCAAGCAAAUCCAGCACAUGAUCAAGUACCGAUACGUUCCUUUCACUGUCGGCAAACGCACCUACGCCAAGGAGAGCUCCUAG